GGACACACCCACUUGAUAAAACCAUGUUUUGCAGUAUUUCAAAGUUGAAGUCAAUGUCCACUACAGCUAUCUACACGCGCUCUUCCAAGUUCAGUUUACUAAAAAGCUUGUUGAGUAAAUUAGCUCGGUAACCUGGCUUCAGCGACCACCAGGCCACACUUCGAGGAAAGAUGUCUACCAUCCGAUUUGGAUCAACUUGUAGUCCUUCGAAGACUACUCUAGCAGAGACAUUGCCACGCUGGAACGAUGAGGAGGGGGAGAAGGCUGAUCCAGAAGAUGCCUGUGAUCCAAAUAAACUCCUUCAGUGUCCAUACGACAAGAACCAUCAGAUCCGUGCCUGCCGCUUUCCGUACCAUCUGAUCAAGUGCAGCAAAAACCACCCUAAACUGGCCAGUGAAUUAAAAACGUGCCCUUUCAACGCCCGCCACCUGAUGCCCAAGCAUGAGCUUUCCCACCACAUUGCUAACUGUGUUGACAGAAUAUCUGUGAAUGCAGAAGACUUGGGCAGCGCUGAGCUGCAGAGCAAAUGGCAGGUCCCUGUUAGCACCUGGACGAACACCAACUGUGAUGAGGACUGGGAUAAAGAAGCAGAUAUUUCUUCGGCGCCUUUCGUAUGGGGAGUGUCCACAAACCUGAUCAGUCAGAACAGGACUGAGCCAUGCACUACAAACAAUCUUACCCCUGGACUCCGAGCUCCAAGAACUCUGCCCUGGAAAAUGUGUAGGACUGACUAAGGGCAGAAUGAAUGACAAAAGUUGGAAGUCAAGAGGCUAUCUUGCAGUUAAGUUUUAUAUCAUAGAUGCAUGUUUUAUUAUCUCACUUUGACUUGGACAUAUUUGAGAAAAAUCCCAUUGACUAUUUUGUUUGACUAUAAAUGCAUGCUUUGUAACCUAACCUUAGACAUGGUGAUUGGGGUUUGUGUCCCCUUUUUUGUUAUUAAAAGGCUUUUUUGCAGAAGUGUUUCCCUAUACUAACUCUGCAUGUAGGCUGUUAAUGUACUGUAUGUUCCUGAGGCCCUACUGCAGAUACCAAUAUAUUCUCACUGUUGCACAUAUCAGAUAUCUUCAAGAUGCUCAUUAUGCUGACUGUAAAGUUGAUUUAGCCUCAUAAUGGAUCUUGCUUUGAUCUUUUGCUGGGUUUGUUGUAUAUUAUUGGAUUUUGGCCUGUAAUUACAAUUUCUUUUAAGUGA